GGAUCGGGUCCAACGCAUCUAUAUAAACCAUUGUCAGGUCCUCUAGGUGAGUCUGAUACCGCUGACCAUGGCUGGCCCACAGACUGUUCUUGGCGCGACGCCGAAUAUUCCGUUUGUCUCAGAGCCCAACGUUACCUUUGCGAACACGAGUAGUUCGUCGACGCGAGGCCUAGAGGACCAUUCCGGUUCUCUAUACGCAAUGUUCACGAUGUUCUCCCUCUCAUCAAUGCCUGAAUGGCUGAACCUUAUCAUCAUGGGUGGCAUAAUCGAGAUCUCCCGUCGCCUCUUCUACAACCUCUGGGACACUACAAUCAACGCGUUCUGGGUUACUAUUUCCUUCGAUGACGAAGACGUGGCAUACACAUGGAUUCAGUAUUGGCUUGCGCGCCAUCCAUCCUGGCGCAACGCGAGAUCCGUGGAGGCAACCACGAGUACGUACGGUAUCAAUCCCGACGAGGUUGCCAUCCCGGGCCAAGAAGACGAUCGCCUGUCGAGCCGGAAAGUGAGCUACAAGCCCGGUCGGUUAGACAGCCACAGGAUGUGGUACAAGGGACAUUAUGCCCUUGUCAGCCGCUCUCACAUUGCAAGCAAUUAUUAUCGAGUCAAGGAGUCCCUUCAAAUUAGCCUGUUGUCUUGGAAUUGCAGGAUACUGGAUGAUCUUGUUCUCGAGGCCAAGCGAGCAUACCAGCAAGCCGAAGCGCAACUAGUCUCUAUCAAAAAAUGGCGGCACAUCAUCUCACGACCAAAACGACCCAUGGAAUCCAUCGUCCUUGAUACAGGCGUCAAGGAACUUCUCGCCAACGAUACUCGUAACUUCCUCGCUAGCAAGGACUGGUAUACCAGAAGAGGUAUUCCCUUCCGACGAGGCUACCUAUUACACGGUGCGCCCGGGUCGGGUAAGACGUCGAUCAUCCAUAGCAUCGCUGGAGAGUUAGGUUUGGACGUCUACGUCCUCACGCUCUCCCGCGUUGGGCUCGACGAUACCGGUCUCAACCAGCUACUCUCCGACCUUCCCGAGCGAUGCAUUGCCCUCCUUGAAGACGUCGAUGUCGCAUUCAAGAAAGGGGUAGGUCGCAAUCUCGUGUCUGCCGUCGUUCCACCGCCGGAAGAGGACAACUUCAAAGGUGAAGACGGCGAGACGAUAGAGCCUGAAGGGAAGCGGGACGUGAUGGAGGGUCGCGUCACGCUUAGCGGGCUGCUGAACGCGCUCGACGGUAUUGGCGCGCAAGAGGGUCGCAUUCUGUUCGCGACGACGAACAACUACGGCGCGCUCGACCAUGCACUGGUCCGCCCAGGCCGCAUGGAUCUGCAUAUCGAAUUCAAGCUUGCGAGCAAGGAACAGGCGAGGGGUCUUUUCGAAGCGUUCUACAGCCCUCCGGGUGCACCAGAAGACAAGCUCAAUGAGAAGUAUAGUGACGACGAGGACCUCUUAUCGACACCGACGACGCCAGACGCACCCGAGAAGCCCGAACAACAACAACUUUCGCAGUCCCUGCGUAGCGCUACGUUGCCUCGUGCCAAGUCAAGAACAUUAGCUGUGCAGUUCGCCGAGGCGAUUCCGGAGCGCGAGUUCUCCAUGGCAAGUCUACAGGGAUACUUGAUGAUGUACAUGGUACGCCCAUACGACGCGGCGAGAAACGCGGGAGCGUGGGUGGAGAAGGAGCGCGCGGAGAGGGCGCAAGGCAAACAGGGUCGACAGUGAUUUGACAUGGACCAAAGUGUAUACAUACUUAGUCUUCCGUAGGCAGACAACAAUCGCGACCUCUGGACCGGGGGAGUACGAUACAUACUGCAGCCUCUUACGGGCGAAAGGCUGCGGCAAUGGCAGCGGCGCGUGUCUGCGCAAUUUGCGGCGGUACAACUCGAUCAUCUUUUGAUGUGUUGACUGCAGCCUGUAACAUACUGCCAGUGACGGCACUUCUGGACAUGGUACUGUCUUCACCGAAA